CCAAAUGCAUGUGGACAUUGGUCAAGCAUAACGUGCACAUACUCUGAACACCGAUGGAGAGGGCAGUACGACCGGGAAGCCUACCAAUAACAUGACGGACACAGUGUCUGUCCUUCGCGCGAUUACCUACCGCCUGUCAUCCGCACCAGCCAAGCAACUUCCGAGAGUCGCAUCGCAAGUAGCUGGCCAGUUGUGGAAUUGCAAGGAUAUACUCUCCGCUCCUCCCGUUUCUGCCAAGCAGGGCGAUGAUGUGUCCUUGGUGGUACAUCGCUUCAAGACGUACCUAUCCAACUUGCUCCAAGCCCGCACGGUCGAGGGGAGGUGGUCCGGCGUUGUCCUCACUAAGGCAACAGUCGAAGCUGGAGGCCUCGAAAUUCUUAGCAAGUCUAAUGGAUGGAUUCGCAGCUUGCUAGGCAUCUUAAAGAGAUCGGACCCAGCUACUACGAGAGCUCUUGCCGUCAUCACUUUGACUCGGAUUUUCCAGCUAACUUGGGAUCAUUCGAAUCUGGUCCGCGAGAUCACAACCCCAGCACUACCCACUUUCAUCGCCAUCUGCCUAAGCAACGUGGAGAACAGCCGUUGUUCUGCUAGGGAACUGCAGACUGUAUUGGAGGCGUUCGUUACCCUUAUCCAUCGACAUCCCACAAUCUUCAGGACCAACGAAGCCCAGGUUCGGUCAUUACUUUGCCGCAUUCUUUCGAACAGCUCCUCAACCGACGCAGUUCAUUUCUACUUAGCAGAGCACAGAGACAGGGCUCAACGUCUCUUGGUGCUACUAUGUCACUGCUGCCCCAAGCAAGCUGCGGCGGAGAAGUGGGACGAGACUCUCAAAGCCACGGUGACCGCUGCUCAUGCGACUUGCGAUAGGGUUUUCAGAUCGGUACUCGAAGACUGGAAGUCUUCUGCCGGAAUGCAGCCUUCACUCAACCCGAACGUGCUGUUCCAGGGAGAGGUGGAGAUGGAAAGUACCGACGCCGUUGGAUUGAGCGGAUGGAAAGGCGGCUAUGCGGGCAGCGAGCGGCUUGUUACUUUGCUGAGACUACUCGCAAGCCAGCUUGACACAGCGACUGCUGGCAGUGUCAAUGUGCAUGUAGGCAUGCUAGUAGAUUUACUCAGCCGCUUGUUGAGCGCUCGGGUCCCUACCGCCAAACAUGGUGGCGUCAGACCAAAUCCGCAGGUCUCGAAGGAAGAGCGAGAAGCUCUGUUUGCCACCCUACCUCACAUACAUGCUACUGCGAUUGAUAUGAUCAGGGAUCUCUUUCAUCGCUUCGGAUCGUCACAGGUUGGUACGUACAUGCCACUGAUGUCGCUCGUUGCAUGGGUAUUCACUACAGAAUCUUUCGAUACACAAGUUCGCAUAGCAACCUAUAGCGCACUGGAACUCGUGCUUGAGUCGCAAGGCUUGAUACUCGCUAAAGACGAGGUGGCCGAUAUCGAAGCCAUACUCCGAGCAUGCUGUCAAGAUCUGCUACCGAUAGAAAAGUCCUCUACCAUCAUUAACAGCCUUACAAGUCAACAACACACUGCUAAUGGCGACUUGAACUCGACAACACACAAGGAUAGAGCGAGCAUCCAUCCAUCCUUUACCAAGCUACAAGAGCCAGCAGCAGGGCUCCUGGCCCUCUCCUUCUCCAAGUUGAAUGCGUCAUACAUGCCUGGUCGACUCCGCACGCUGAUGGAACGCUCGGCCGUGUUGACGCAAAAUAAAAAGGGGCUGAUCGCUUGUGUACUCAAUCCCGCAAUCAGCGGCAAUCAAGCGAACGUGCACCCGAGUCUAUUGCCAUUGCUUGCUCGUCAGCAUCCGGAUGCUCCCGAGGUGGAGGCACUACUUCGUCCUCGCAUGCCAGUCAUCAGAGCAGAGGCGACUCCUGAACAAGACCAUGAUGUUGGAGAGUACAUAGACGACGAGGAGUCUGGGCCUGAUGGCUUCCAGAAAGGCACUUACAUCAAUGGCGACAGUGCGCAACCAAGCAGCGACGCCCAACUGGACAAGCAAACAGCUGCAAUGACGCACGAUGGCGAAGACCUGUAUUCUGCCUCGCCCAUUCAGAAGACUACAAACAGUGCCCAGCACAGUUUGCAGACUACAACUAUCGCAGCGCUCACGCCCGACAAGCGCGGCGGAGACGACGAGCUUACUGAUCGCUCAUCCAAGCGCCUUCGCGCUUCGCCGGUUGCAGAGAGCCUGAUGCCAAACACAUCCCAUGGUCUGCCAGGUUCUGAUCCCGCCUCUGCAGAGAAUGAACUCCCUGCAGGAAAUAUGGUAGACAUAGACAGCGAUGGGAGUGACUUCGAGAUGCCUCCUCUGACUCUAGAGCCAGACACGGAUCUAGAAGAAGAGGAAGAAGGCGAGGAAGGUUGA